CAAUAUCGUUCGUCAUGGCUACUAAGGUAAAAUAUUACUUGCAUUACGCAGUGAUUUACAUAUUUUGUACUUUGACUUUUUCAGAAGGUCAAAAUGUACACGAAAUCGUGUGUGAACCAAACCAAAUGCUGGCUGUGGAUGCAAUCCAGUAUCCAAAAGGCAACUUGUACAGUCCCGGAAUCAAAAAUGGAGAACCGUACCCUGAUGACACACAAUGCGGCUUCCAGAUUAAUGCAGCGCCAGGAAAAAACAUACGGUUGAAAUUCAAUCUAAUUGACAUUCAACGCAACAUGUUAUGUCGAGAGGAUUAUUUACAAAUUGUGAAUAUGAAUUCUACUAAUGAAAGCUAUCUAACCACAGCUGGAACGUAUUGUGACAAAGUUACAGUUCCAGAUUUAAUCACGGAGACUCAUCAAGCUCAGGUGAGAUUCCGCAGCGGAUUAUUCGGAUCAGGAAGAGGAUUCAACAUAACUUACACCGUUGUCUCAAGCAAAGAUCUCUGUCUUCCAGGGCAGUUUGAAUGCCGAAACCGUAAGUGCCUUUCAAAUAGGGACUCCCUUUGCAAUGGGGAUGACGAGUGUGGAGACGGAACCGAUGAAGAAAAUUGUGGUUUGCCACCAGUUGUUCCCGUGACAUGUGGAACUCCCGACAUUCAGCCAGCCAAUUCGAGCGGACUUUUCGACAGAAUAGUUGGAGGUCGAGAAGUCAUCAGAGGCAGCUGGCCGUGGCAGGCCGAUCUCCAGACAGACUAUCUGUUGCCAAAUGGUCACUUUUGUGGCGGGACUCUCCUGAACACGGAAUGGGUGCUUUCAGCUGCUCACUGCAUGCCAAGCGUCCGAAAGCCUUACGAAAUGAGAGUACAUCUCGGAAACCAUCACAAGUACGAAAAGGACCCCUAUGAACAAGUUCGAUAUGGUAAAGAAUAUUACAUUUUUGGAGUCGACACAGAGCAAUUUGUAAAGGAUGGGAUCUUUGAUAUCGUCCACGACUUAGUUUUGAUCAAAUUGAACGCGCCUGUAGUCAUCAGUCCACAUGUUAAGCCAGCCUGCUUACCGGAGCUGAACGAAGAGUUGAAGGUGGGACAAAAAUGUUAUGCAACUGGAUGGGGCAUCACUAGGGGCUCCGGUAGUACAGAUGUUUUAAAGCAAUCGCUGCAUCCAAUUCAAACUGCACGUGCAUGCGAUAAUAUAUUUCAGGAAUUUUUCAACACCUCGAUGAUUUGUGCGGGACCGUCGAGGGAUAGAUCCGGCGUAUGCCAUGGUGAUAGCGGAGGACCACUUGUAUGUCAGAAGGGAGACAAGUGGUAUGUUUAUGGAGCUACAAGCUUUGUCACCGAUGCAAAUUGGGUAAACGGAUUAUGCGGCAUGUUCGACACACCAACUGCUUUCAAUAAAUUAUCUGUAAAAAUGGAGUGGGUCAAAUCUCUAAUAGAAAAGAGCAAUUAGAAAACAGAUUUAAAAAAAAAAUCAAGGAAAAGGCACGGGACGAAUUAUGCAAUAAACAAACAAUAAGAUUAUUACUAUAACCUAUGUACACUAAUGGGCGUAGCCAGAGGGGGGGGGAGGGCAAAUAGGGGCAACUUUCCCUCCCUAGAGGAAAUUCUCUCCUGCUCAUUCUCCUCUCUGAUGUUACCAAAGAUAAUUUAAAUUUGCUUUUUUAGGACUUUAGUUUCAAAAAGCAGGAAAUCUAAGGAAAUUCGAUUAAAAACUAAAAUAAUGCCAGAAAAAAGUGAAACGAAAAAUCUGACUAGAAUAUUUAAAGGGGUACUAUCAUGCAUAAAAAAGCAAAACUUGC